AUGCGCUCAUCUUUCAUUGGUCUUUUGGCCCUGCAGGCAUCUUCCGUUGUGCUUGGCAGCCCAGUUCCUGAGCCUGCCACCGCUGAAGGGUUUGAGAAGCUUGCAGCUCUCGCCCAGUCUGCUUUUGACAAGACGAAGUCGGAAGUUGAGAGCGGAGAGAUCCAGAAGCGUGGCGGCAGUUGUGCGUGGUACAAUGUCAGGGUUCGCCGAGAGUGGGGCUCUCUGAACCGACAAGAGAAGCUCGACUACAUCAAUGCAGUCAAGUGUCUGCAGUCCAAGCCGGCCCUUACACCUGCUUCAGACGCCCCCGGUGCGAAGACUCGCUUCGACGACUUUGUGGCCACCCACAUCAACCAGACCUUGACCAUCCACUACACCGCCAACUUUCUCUCUUGGCACAGAUACUUCACGUGGCAAUAUGAAGAAGCUUUAAGAAAUGAGUGUGGCUACAAGGGAACUCAGCCUUAUUGGGACUGGGCCAAAACCGCCGUCACCGGCAUGGAGAAGUCCCCCAUAUUUGACGGCAGCGACACGUCCAUGUCUGGAAACGGCGAGUUUAUCCCUGAUCGCGAGAACAUCAUCCUCACAGGACAGAACGAUCUCCCUCCGAUCGUCCUUCCUGUUGGCACGGGUGGAGGUUGUGUCACCUCUGGUCCGUUCAAAGACAUGACGGUCAAUCUUGGCCCAGCUGCUCUUGACCUCCCCGGAGGCAUCUCUGAAGCUAAUCCUGAAGGGCCUCUAUCUCACAACCCCCGCUGCCUCAAGCGUGAUCUCACAACGGACAUCAACCUUGCCUACGCCAACAUCACCGCUAUUCUGUCCAACAUCCUGAAACCACAAAACGUGAACGACUUUCAGAUGCAAAUGCAAGGCGUCCCGGGCUCCGGCAACAUCGGUAUUCACGGCGGCGGCCACUAUUCACUUGGCGGCGACCCUGGAAGGGAUGUGUUCACCUCGCCUGGCGACCCGGCCUUCUAUUUACAUCAUUCCAUGAUUGACCGAGUCUGGUGGAUGUGGCAAAUGCUCUCACCUGAAGAACGCCAAUACGGCGAGACGGCGCUGAGCGGUACCAACACUUUCUUGGAUCAGCCUCCCAGUGCCAAUGGUACCUUCGAUGACUAUCUGGAAUACGGGUGGGUUGGAGAUCUCGGUGCUGGCGGACAAGCUGAGCCGUACGUCGUCAACGCUGUCAACGUGAUUACUUUCGUUAUCAUGGUCUUCUUUUCUCCUUUGGCCAGUAUCGUUGGAAACUUGAUAGGCCUCAAAUGGAUCGUCGUCUUCGGAACUCUAGGUUACGUGCCUUACUCGGCUGCACUUUAUUGCAACUCGCUCUGGGGCACUCAAUGGUUCCUGAUUUUUGGCGCUGUUACCUGUGGGUUUUCAGCAGCUGCGUUAUGGCCUGGUGAAGCGGCGAUCGCUGUUGGGUAUCCAGAAGUUGCCAGAAGAGGCAUCUGCAUCAGCAUUUGGAUGGCUCUCGGCAAGCUUGGUUCAAUAAUCGCCACUGCCAUCCAGCUUGCUCUAAACAAAGACGGCGACACGACCGGCGCCAUCGCACCCUCGACCUACCUCGUUCUCGUGGCCAUACAGUGCCUCGGUCUUCCGCUGUCAUUCUUGCUGUCUCCUCCCGAUAAGCUGGUCCGUAAGGACGGGAAAAAGCCAGUCUUCGCCAACUCGCAACGUUCUUUCAUGACGCAACUGAAGAGUUUCCUUGCCCAGUUCAAGCGCAAGGAGGUCCUCCUGCUCAUACCAGCCUUCAUCACCGCCCAGUGGGGCGUGACUUACCAGGGCAACUACAUGGCCGCCUACUUCACGGUGCGCGCCCGCACGCUCUCCGGGUUUCUCAUCGCCGUCGUCGGUGCCAUUUCCAACCUCCUUGCUGGCUGGUGGCUGGACACGAAGCACCUACGAAGGACGACGCAGGCGCGGUGGAGUUGGUACUUCCUCCUGGCAUUGUUCACACUCGUCUGGAUCUGGAACAUUGUCGUGCAAGAGCGGUGGGCGCGCGAGAGCCCAGUUGAGAUCGACUGGAGCAGCCCCAAUUUUGGAGAAGGCGUUGCGAUCUUUAUUCUUUACCGUAUCGCGUACGAGACCAUCGGUGUCUGGCUAUACUGGACGCUUGGCACCUUUGAUGUCGAAGCUGAUACCAUUGCCUUGUCGAUGGGUGUUCUUCGUUCAGGAGAGUCAGUUGGAUCGGCGUUGUCGUAUGCUGUCGGAUCAGUCCGAAGUGCCUCUCUGAUGACAAAUUUGAUCGUGUCUGUCGUGGUUUUCUACGUCGCAGUGCCUGCCACCACUUGGGCAGCUCUCCUCGUCAAAGACAGACUUCCCGGGGAGUUGAGUUCUGACAGUGAUUUCGAUUCCAACGAGCAACUGCCUGCACCAGGAGCUGAUACAGAGAGAGUUCAGGUCGGAUAUGUUGCUAAAUCAUAA